AUGCAAGAGCUGACCCUCAAGGAGCCCGAGGCGGCCCAGGAGCAGAUGGAGGUCGUGCAGUUCAAGGUCUCGGGCCUCGGUGCUUUCGAGCUGGAGCUGGACCUCGCCACUGCAGUCCGCGACGUCAAGAAGCUCGCCAAUGAUGCCUGCAACAUCGAGCCCGAGCACAUGCGCCUCAUCUACAACGGCCGCCAGCUCAAGGAUGCUGACACCCUGGAGCUGUACAACCCCAAGGACAGCGCCCCUGUGCAGAUCCUCUUCACCGCUGGCCACGUGGCGAUGAUGGGAGGUGUCGGUGGCACCGGUGGCGGCCCUCGCGGAGGACAUGGCGCCAAGCAGCAGAGGAAUCCGUUCUCCACACCGGUGCGCGGACUCCCCGGUUCCAAGGGACUUCGAAGCUCCCGUGUAUCGGGCCGCCCGGGUGGCAUGGCCCUCAUCCGGAAGUACGGCAUCAUGAUGAAGCGCCAGGAGUUCCGCGAGAAGGCUGAGGAGAUUGGCUUCAUCAAGUACCGCUGA